AUGAGCUGGAGUCGGCUCCUCGGCAGCUGGUAUAACUGGUGGCUCUCGGGAGACGCGUCUCAGGCUGGGGCUUGGCGGGGUGACGGGCCUUUAGGGAGGCCUUAUGGGGACUACAGCCACUACGCCAGCCAGGGUCCAGGCUGGCACAGCGAGACCGCCAGCUCCUCCUACUUUCUGGAGCCACAGAGAGAGCAGGAAUUGUGUGUGGCACCCGCUUCCUCCGGGUUGGCAGAGAGAGAGCUGUUUGAUCCAGCGGAAACCCCUUCUGGCUGCUCUGACUUUCACGCCUGGCUCCCCUCGUCCGGGCCCACCAUCCCUUGCCCGCUGGCUGCCCGCCUGCCUUCCCCGUGGGCUGUACAGCCUCCCCAGCCCGGCCCAGGGAGGGAGCUGCAGGGGCCCCCAGAAAAAGCCACAGCUGCCCAGCCACCAAUGACCCUGCUGCCUACGCCCAAUGGCAGUGGGCUGAGCUGGGAGUUUGACGGCCUCUGGCCAGAGAUCCCAGAGAGGUCCCCGUGUGUGGCUGGCGUCAUCCCUGUCAUCUUCUACAGUAUCCUGCUGGGUCUGGGGCUGCCUGCCAACCUUGUGACUGCCGUGACGCUGGCCCGCCUUUCUGCCAGGACCAAGAAGCCCUCCUACUGCUACCUUCUGGCGCUCACGGCCUCUGACAUCCUCACCCAGGUGGUCAUUGUGUUCAUGGGCUUCCUCCUGCAGGGCGCUGUGCUGGCCCGCAAGGUGCCCCAGGCUGUGGUGCGCACAGCUAACAUCCUGGAGUUUGCUGCCAACCACGCCUCAGUCUGGAUCGCUGUCCUGCUCACGCUCGACCGCUACAGUGCUCUGUGCCACCCCCUGCACCACCGGGCUGCCUCGUCCCCAGGCCGGACUCGCCGUGCCAUUGCUGUUGUGCUUGGGACUGCCCUGCUGACUGGCAUCCCUUUCUACUGGUGGCUGGAUGUAUGGAGGGACACAGACCCCCCCAACAUGCUGGACAAGGUCCUCAAAUGGGCUCACUGCCUCAUUGUCUAUUUCAUCCCUUGUGGUGUCUUCUUGGUCACCAAUUCGGCCAUCAUCCGCCAGCUCCGGCAGAGCGGGCAGAGUGGUCUGCAGCCCCACGUGGGCAAGAGCACAGCCAUCCUCCUGGGCGUCACCACACUCUUUGCUCUCCUGUGGGCACCCCGCAUCUUCGUCAUGCUCUAUCACCUGUAUGUGACCUCCGUCCACCAGGACUGGAGAGUCCACCUCGCCUUAGAUGUGGCCAACAUGGUGGCCAUGCUUAACACAGCAGUCAACUUUGGCCUCUACUGCUUUGUCAGCAAGACUUUCCGGGCCACUGUCCGAGAGGUCAUCCACAAUGCCCACCUGCCCUGCAUCCUGGGGUCACGGCCAGAAGGCAUGGUGGUGGAGCCUGUGCUGAAGGCUCCAGGACUCCCCAAAGGAACAGAAUUGUAG